UUCGAUGGGGUGUUGCUGCUCGUGGGCGCGUGGUCUUCGCGGCAAUUCGAUGGGGUGCUGCUGCUCGUGGGCGCGUGGUCUUCGCUGCAGUUCGAUGGGGUGCUGCUGCUCGUGGGUGCGUGGUCUUCGCUGCAGUUCGAUGGGGUGCUGCUGCUCGUGGGUGCGUGGUCUUCGCGCCGUGAGAUGCAGCAGCAUGCGCAUCUUGAGCUGCGCGUGCUGCUGUUCAUGGAUCCGCGGUGUCUGCGGCAGGACGAAGAGGGAGGCUGGGCAAGAGACAUCGACGUCGGAGACAAAGAAAACAAAGAGGAAAUGGGGGCGCGGUUUUUGUGGCAUGGCGUCACAUGAAGUGGAGGAGCCGUUGACAUCAGAGACAAAGAAAACAAAGAGGAAAUGGGGGCGCGGUUUUUGUGGCAUGGCGUCACAUGAAGCUGAGGAGCCGUUAACAUCAGAGACAAAGAAGAAGCGGAAGAAUGUGGCAGCGAGCUCCGAGCCAGACAAGAAAAGGUGGUUCAAGAACAAGAUUUGGAAAAAGAAAAAGGCCAAGAACGAACAGUUGGCCACCCUUGUGAAAGAGAUUUCACUCGCAAAUAGUCCCAAGGCCAGGGCUGCGGCAGGGGAAAUACUACGGAUCGGCAACCACAACAUUCCUAGCAGAGUGUUUACGCACAGUCAGCUGUCAGACGCGACCAAUUCUUUCAGCCAGGAGAAUCUCCUGGGAGAAGGUGGCUUUGGGAGGGUGUACAGAGGAUACAUUCCGGAGACCAUGGAAGUCAUAGCGGUUAAGCAGCUGGACAAGGAUGGGUUGCAAGGGAACCGUGAGUUCCUUGUCGAGGUGCUGAUGCUGAGCCUCCUUCAUCACCCAAACCUUGUCACCUUGCUUGGGUACUGCACCGAAUGUGACCAAAAGAUUCUAGUGUACGAGUAUAUGCCACUCGGUUCUUUGCAAGAUCAUCUCCUAGAUCUCACUCCAAAAUCUCAGCCGCUGUCCUGGCAUACACGGAUGAAGAUUGCAGUUGAUGCUGCCAGAGGCCUCGAGUACUUGCAUGAGGUGGCCAAUCCGCCGGUGGUAUACCGCGAUCUCAAGGCAUCAAAUAUUCUCUUGGACGGGAACUUCAGUGCAAAGUUGGCAGAUUUUGGACUUGCAAAGCUUGGUCCAGUCGGCGACAAAACUCAUGUCACCACAAGGGUGAUGGGCACGUACGGGUACUGCGCUCCCGAGUACGCCAUGAGUGGCAAGUUAACAAAGAUGUCAGACAUAUAUUGCUUUGGUGUAGUUCUCUUGGAGCUCAUCACCGGGAGGCGAGCAAUUGACACCACGAAACCGACUCGCGAGCAAAUUCUUGUCCACUGGGCAGCACCACUCUUCAAGGAUAAGAAGAAGUUUACCAAGAUGGCUGAUCCACUGCUUGACAGCAAGUACCCCCUGAAAGGUCUAUACCAGGCACUUGCAAUUUCAUCAAUGUGCCUACAAGAAGAAGCAAUCAGUCGUCCACUAAUCAGUGAUGUGGUGACGGCCCUUACAUUUCUUGCUGAUCCAAACUAUGACCCUCCAGAUGACAUUGAGCCUCUACCUAUAUCAGUUCCCAACUACGACAAAGGAAUUAGCCUAAGAGAAGCUGAAAUUAGCCUAAGCGGGUUUGAGGAAAAACAAGUAGAGGAUAGCUAAAAUGGCUUCUGAGACGAGCAGAUGGUAAAACAAGCCAGCAAGGUUUGUAGGGAUGCAGAUGGAGGCGCCGCAGGCCUUGUAUGGUAUCUCUGUUUGUAAUGUACAGCACAUAUAGGAAGGACGUAACAUCAUAUGAUGUUCUUGAAUGAGAUUGACUUAAGUUCUUUGAUUAGGCAUAACCAAUUUUUCAG